UCCUAAUAAACAACAACAAUGAACUCAACAAUUAAACACUGGGAUUAAACGGUGUAAAUCGGAUGCUUGGCAGACUUUUUAAGAAUUUAAUAAUGAUAAUUUCGGUUGAAAAACAUCCUGACUGGAACAAAAACAAAGAAAAAGCUGCUGUUCCUGUUUGUCCCAGUGGCUCCUGAAGGCACCGCGGCCUCUCAUUGGCCGAGCCGGCCGUCAGUCAUCGCGCUCUGACCCGCCCACCUGCUGACGUCCUCCUCUCCAAAGUAACGAGGCCAGUCCGCACAAAGACAACAAAAGCUCGUGCUGGAAAAAUGAGAGCCGUCGGCACCAGGAGGACCCGAACAUAAGUUCCACCGGACCGAGACGGAUCCGCGCGUGGACCCGAACCCGGGAGGACGGCGGUCACGUCUGAACCCCAAAAACAAACAAACAAAAAAAAAAAAAAAAAAAAAAAAAAAAAAACAAAAGGUCUCCACCGAGCUGACCCAGGUGGCCUGAUUUUCUCCUGUGGUGUCUGUGUGGAGCGUGCCACACACCCACUCCACAACAACGACGGCUUUUGCCUGCAUCUUCCAGUGUUUCUUCUGUCAGCAAGUCCAGCAGAGCUGCAACUCUUCCAGUGCCAGCCCUGACGCCAGCGAGGAGCCCUGCCCCCCUGACAUGGUGAAGAUGACCAAGUCCAAGACCUUCCAGGCCUACCUGCCGUCCUGCCACCGCACCUACAGCUGCAUCCACUGCCGGGCGCACCUGGCCAACCACGACGAGCUCAUCUCCAAGUCGUUCCAAGGCAGCCAAGGAAGAGCCUACCUGUUUAACUCAGUAGUCCCUUUAACGGACCUCCUCCACCGACGCCCGCCUGCUCCAUCGUGAAACUGGACCGAAUGAACCCGGGUCAUCGGGACCGUGUGUUUGGGUUCCACCUGCUUUACAGUGAUCGUGGUGAUGUGGCGCCCGCUCUGAACGGAGAGACUUCACCUAAAAGACAUUUAGGUUUUUGUUAUUUUGUUUUUCUUCUCGUCGUCGAUGAUUUUUUGAUUUUAACAGUUCUCGCCUCAGUUUGGACUUCUGGGUUCGGUUUGAUGGAUGUUACUGGUUAGCAUUUGGUUUCCCCACUGACUUUUAUUUUGUUUUUAGUUGCUGAGCUUGCUUUGUUUUAUUAUUAUUUUUAAUUUUUUUUUGCUAAAGUCCAAAUGAGUAAUCAGGGAUGGGUGGAGAGGAAAAGGGAGUUUACGGUAGUUUUAAACAUGUAGCAGCUUGUUUUUGUUUUUAUACCUGAUGUUUCCUUCUGUUUUUAUCUUUUCUUUCAUUUCUCCCUUUUCCGGUACUUUUCAGCACCCAAAAAGCAUCGAAAGCAGCACCUAAUAUUUGUUUACCAUGAAUAUAGAUAUAUAAAUACAUAGUUCUCUAUGGAUAUUUGUAGUGUAUGGCUAAUUGCGAUUGUGGCUGGUCCCAUUUUGCAGCAGAACCAUAAAAAACAGAGCAGGAAUCAUUUCUAGAGGGAACCUGACUCUGACAUCCCGUCAUCUAGUAAUGAAACAAAAGACACAUUUAUAUAAAUAAAUACAUAUAAAUAUGA